AAAUCUCAAGCCCUGAAAACUCGAGCUUGGUCUCAGGUGACCUCGGUGCAGCAGGCAGUGUCCCUCCAUGCCAGUAUAUAUACAAAGACCUGGAAGCAAAUGAUGCAACUCAAGCCAGGGCAAGACCAGCUUCAGACAUACAAACCACUACUUUGGGAGCAGCUCAAAAUCAGCACUGCCGUCAGCAAUCCAAAUGCCUGA